UUACAAGUUAAUCAUGAAUAACAAUAAUAUGAACUACCAAGUACCAAACAGUUCUGCUAUCAAGUGCUCUUCUUAUUUUAAAUUUACACCGCUAAGCAAAUCGUGUGUUGAUGGUUACGCCCUAUACGCACAAUCUGAAGGCUCUUCUGUGAAAAAGUUUGGAAAAUAUUCAGAACUAUUCCACAACGAGCUUAGAUCUAUCAGAAACAAUAAAGAAACCCCUAGUAGUGUUAAACGCUUCAUAGAUUCAAUUUUACAAAAAUUUCCCAAACCAACAAAGUUGCUCCAGUUAGCAUUGAAAACAGAUACUCUUAUUGUGCUGUAUCCACCUCAAGAAAUGCGAGUUUCUUUCUUAACUCACCAGCAUCAAACUCGAAAUUCAAAUUCUAGUGAUUUGACUAUUUCAGAAAACGUAGCGACGCACACCAAAGCACCGGAUGCUUUUACCCUGAACAACCUUUUUCAAGACUUUAAGCCCAUAACUCUAGGUGAACAGCUAGAUGUAAUGGCAGCCAAGCUCGCUUUGUCAAUCGAUCUCAGUGAUAUAGUACAGGUCAAUGCUUUAAAGCUUUCAUUAUCCCGUAUCAUUGACACAGUCAACAACGACGUUAUGUCUAUAUUCCGGCAAUACUUGAACGAUCAGUCUUGGAAAAAGUUGAAUAAUAUAGAAGGGAUUCCAACUACUACUAAGGAACUAUACUGUGAAAUGAUGGCAGGAGGUACUAUAAAUGGCAAAAUCAAUAAAAAGGAAUUGAGAAUUGCUAUUGCCAAGAAAAAGCUUGAACUGCUGAAGUCUGAUCAGAUAGAAUGUUUACAAAUUUUGGACAUACUUGAUCUGACUGCUAAGCAUUGCCUCCCUGAUCGCAGUAUUUGUUCUGAUGAUAAUGCAAGUGAACUAACAUAUUAUCGUCAAUUUGCAAAGAUACUUGAUGAAAUAUUAGAUGAUACUAUGUUAGACAUUCUGGACGGAGAAAGGGUAUCUGAUGCUUCCAAGACUGGUAUCAAGCUGUCUGCGAGCGAAUGGAAAAGAAAGAAAUCCCCUACUGCAAAUUGUCUGCAACAACAGGCGAAGAGCAUUAGAAUCAACAAAGCAAUCUUGAGGCACUUCUUGAAUCUCCCUAUCCCAGAAGCUGACAAGGAUAAUGGCGGUUGGAUGGAUUGGGUGGGAAAUGUGGAAUACAUGUUUGCUAUCAAACCGCUUGAGGAUGCUUUUGUUGCUAGAACCCUGUUUACACUCGCAACACCCAUUUAUACUGAUGAGUUGCCUUCUUUUCUUGAUACUCUUGAUCAUCUUUAUUCUUGGCGUAAUUAUCAUCUUUGUAUUAAAGACAUAAUUCUUAAAGCACUUGCUGAACGUGAGAAAGAGAAGCUCUUUUCAUCGAUUCGCGCUCUAUACGCUUACAUUAUGGACGAAAGAUACCUAUCAGACCUGCAGUUCAGUAGACAGUUAAAAUAA